AUGGACUGGAGUCACCUUGCGCCGAGUGCCGCCCAGAAUGGGUCUCUCAAGGACUCUCUCAAGGACCCUCUCGACACCUCCCAUGGUUUUCAGAGCAGACCAUCAACGCCUGCCAUGGGCCCCGUCGUUCCAGGUGCUGAGCCCGGUCGAAAGCCGCGGAAGCUGGUGCUCUGCUUCGAUGGAACUGGAAACAAGUUCCACGGCGACGACAGCGACAGCAAUAUCCUCAAGAUCUUUCGAAUGCUGGACCGGACUGCGAAUGAUCAGUACCACUACUACCAACCGGGUAUUGGCACAUAUGUCGUCUCCCGCUCACUCACUCACACCGGCCUCCGCGCUCGAAUAAGCUCUUGGUAUCAAAAAGCCAAGGACUCAGCCAUUGGUUCUUCUUUCGACCAACACGUUGUGGGCGGAUACCGCUUCCUCAUGCGAUUCUAUAACCCCGGUGAUGAGAUCUACAUGUUUGGCUUCAGUCGAGGGGCGUACAUCGCACGGUUCCUGGCUGAGAUGCUAGACUAUAUCGGCCUCUUGUCUCAUGGCAACGAAGAGAUGGUCAAGUUUGCCUGGAAAGCGUUUGCCCAAUGGCAAGGGCGAGAACAAACCACGAGUGACGACAAAGAGGCUGAGGAGGCGCGAAAGAAGCGGGACGAGAUGUUUCGAUUCAUGAAAGGAUUCCGCGAGACCUUCUCGAGACCUGUCGGUCGCAUCCGAUUCCUUGGACUAUUCGAUACGGUCAAUUCGGUUCCCCGAUUCGAGACGGCUUGGAUGCAACGCAGCAAGUUUCCCUACACUGCACGAAGUAGCGCCAAAGUGAUCCGCCACGCGGUCAGCAUUGAUGAGCGGCGAGCCAAGUUUCGUCAGGAUCUGAUGUAUCAAGAUCUUCCAAACAAGAAACAUGACAAGCACCAUCAUUUGGGUCAGGUAAUCGACGAUUUGCGCGAGGGCGUGCAUGGACACGAUGACCGAGGAAGACGUGAUAGCCAGAUUGCGGAAGAGAGGAAGCGAAGGGGGUCUACUUAUGCCCCCUAUCGCGCUCGUUCCAAGUCUUGUCAGAGGGGGCGCUCAAAGCAGCGUUGCGAUGCAGACACAAUGUCCAACCUUUCUGGGUUGCCACUAUCCGAGAUGAACUACGCCGAUGAGGACGAAUCGGGCCAGGAUAUCGACGAGGUGUGGUUCUCUGGAGGGCAUGCUGAUGUGGGUGGAGGUUGGGAGAUGCUGGAAAACACCAAGAGCACCAGCCAUAUACCACUUGCUUGGAUGGUGAGAGAAGCUCAAAGGGCUGGACUUCCCUUCGACGCGGAAAAGGUUUCCGAGAUGGGAUGCUGUGCUGCCCAUGAAUGGAAUGAAGAGAAGGAGGACCGUGGACGACUGACUUCGAUCCCCGAUCUUCGAGUUUCCAGUACCAACGGAGGACCAAGUCGUACACCAACUAUGCCCACCGAUGAGAAGACGGAGAAGGACUCGCAAGGUUGUUUCCACGACAUUAUGCACGGCGCUUGCAGUGCUCGGAUACAUGAUUCACUUGAAUACGGUCAAGGCCUCGGUGCCAUGGCUGUCACAGCAUGGAAGAUCAUGGAGUUUCUCCCAUUCCGAAGGAUGGAUCUUCAGUCUGAUGGAUCAUGGAGGCCGAUUCGAUGGCCACUUCCAUGUGGUGAAGUGCGAGACAUUCCGGACGGGGUACGCAUCCAUGGAAGUGUCCUUCGUCGAAUGAAGAUGGACGAGAACUAUCGUCCAGGAAAUCUGAUCAUUGGAGGCGGUGGUCGAGGCGUUAGAAAGGCCUCAGCUGAGCAUGGCAUGGGAGACUGGGUGUGUGUCGCUGACGAGGGAGAUCCGGUGGGAGAGAUUUGGGUGAGGAAGAAGAAGGACGACAGACUGCACGAUUAA